AGAAUCGAUCAAAAGUAACUUGCGCAAAGUGAAUGAAAACUCGUCGUUCUUCGAUAAUAUUCUCUCGUGAAAAUUAAACACACAUAUGUAUAGUAUAUGAAUGUCUGACGGUGCAUUUUAUGCACGUGUGGUUAUUAGUGAAAAAAUAUUUUAUAAAUUAAGUUCAUUGAAAAAUACAAAUUUAUAAUAAGUAAAUAUAUCGAAAGAAAGAAAUAUGCCUCAGUACUCGAUUAAAGUAAAAUGGGGAAAAGAACUUUUUCCUAAUGUAGAAGUUAAUACAGAGGAAGAACCAAUGUUAUUUAAAGCACAACUUUUUGCACUGACAGGAGUACAACCAGAAAGGCAAAAAGUUAUGUUAAAUGGAAUGAUAUUAAAGGAUGAUGAUUGGGGAAAUGUUAAAGUAAAAGAUGGUAUUACUGUAUUGAUGAUGGGUUCCAAAGAAGAAGAUGUACCAGUAGAAGUACCUGUAGAGCCUUUUGAAAAACCAUUAUUUUUGGAAGAUAUGAAUGAAUCUGCAUUAGCUACUGCUUUGCAAUUACCAGCUGGUUUGAUAAAUUUAGGAAAUACUUGUUAUCUCAAUGCAACUGUACAAUGCCUGAAAACUGUCCCUGAAUUGCGGGAGGCUUUAAAUAACUUCUCAGGUGGGCUUGCAGCUUCGGGUAGUAUAACAAUUGAACCUGCACAAGGUAUAACUGCUGCAUUAAGAGAGCUAUACAAUAGUAUGGAUAAAGGAUCAGCAUUGCCACCUGUUGUUCUUCUCCAAAUGAUGCACUUAGCAUUUCCAAGGUUUGCUGAAAAAUCUGAACAUGGUAGAUUUCAACAACAGGAUGCUAACGAAUGUUGGACUGAACUUAUUAGGAUGUUGCAACAAAAAUUACCAGCAAAGGAAAAUCCUGUUACUUCAGAAAAUAGUGGACAGAGUUAUAAACCUCGAUCACUGAUUGAACAAUAUUUUGGGGGAACAUUUGAAACAGAAUUGAAAUGUAUGGAAUGCGAAGAUGAGCCACCUACUAAAGGAAAAGAAGACUUUUUACAAUUAAGUUGUUUUAUUUCAACAGAUGUUAAAUAUAUGUUAACAGGGAUCAUGAAUAAAAUGGAGGAACAAAUCACAAAAAUGUCACCAACUCUAGGUAGAGAUGCAAUCUAUACAAAAACGUCAAGAAUUAGCAGAUUACCGGCAUAUUUAACAGUGCAAUUCGUACGGUUUUAUUAUAAAGAAAAAGAAGGAAUUAAUGCAAAAAUUCUUAAAGAAGUAAUGUUUUCGGAUAAGUUUGAUGCUUUCCCAUUUUGUAGCAAUGAACUUAAACAAAAACUUAUGCCUAUGCGCAAUAAGAUAAGUAAAUAUGAACAUAAUACAGAAGGACAGAUUAAUUAUUGUGAAAAAAAAUUAGGCAAUGAGAAUAAAUCGAAAAAUAUGAAGACAGAACCUUUUUCGUUUGAAGAUGAUAUAGGAUCAAAUAACAGUGGUUAUUAUUCGUUACAAGCGGUAUUAACACAUAAGGGACGAUCGAGUAGUAGUGGUCAUUAUGUUGCUUGGGUACGAUAUAAAAAUGAUACUUGGUUGAAGUGUGAUGAUGAAAAUGUUAGUAUUGUUACACUUGCGGAGGUAAUGAAAACUAAGGGUGGUGGUGAUUGGCACUGUGCAUAUGUUCUUUUGUUUGGUCCAAAAAUUUUUGAAAUACCUGAUGAAGAUGAUAAUGAAGAACCGGGUCCCAAAUAAUUUUUGUAUAAUGAAUUGAAAAGACUAAAAUAAGUGAAACAAAAUUUCUAUCUUACAUCUGUUAGAAAAGUGUAUUUUUUCUUUUUUUUAUACAAACGAACAUCUUAAUAUAAUUUCACUUCUAUUACCUACCAGAUCAUACAAAUGUCAUUGAUUACAUACAUAAUUUCUGCAUGAUGUAAAAUUGCAAGAACUAUGCACCCAUUGAUUCUGUACGCUUAAAGAAAGAAUGGCGAUAAUAAAUUUCUAGAAUUAAAUACAAA